AGUUUUGGAUUUUUGUGCUUCUGAUUUAUUGGUUCCCCCAUCACGUCUUAUCCACACCUGAGCUGAAAUCUAAACUGGCUUUACCGACCUUGACCCUGGUUGUGACCUUUGAUCUUCACACACAUCUGCUGGUCCUUAGGAUGUCACGCUGUGCCAGACGCUGCAAACACGGCAUAGUGAAGUUUGCUCUGUCUGUGAGUAAACUGAUAACAGGGACACUUAUUAAAGAUAAAUUAGAUGAUGAUUUUGAGCCAUCAGUAGUUUGUCAUCGUCCAGAAGCUUUGGAGCAACUAGAGGCCCAAACAAACUUCAACAAGAAAGAACUACAAGUGCUCUACAGAGGCUUCAAAAAUGAAUGUCCCAGUGGAGUUGUCAGUGAGGAGACCUUCAAACAAAUCUACUCACAGUUUUUUCCCCACGGAGAUUCCAGCACAUACGCACAUUAUCUGUUCAACUCUUUUGACUCCACCCAUAAUGGAUCCAUCAAAUUUGAGGACUUUGUGACAGCUCUCUCCAUCUUGCUAAGAGGCUCAACUAUAGAGAAGUUACAGUGGACCUUUAAUCUCUAUGACAUAAACGGAGAUGGUUACAUUAAUAAAGAGGAAAUGACCGAUAUAGUAAAAGCCAUAUAUGAUAUGAUGGGACGUUUUACAUAUCCUGCUCUGAAGACCGACACAACCAAACAACACGUGGAUGCUUUCUUUCAGAAAAUGGACAAGAAUCGAGAUGGAGUUGUCACGCUGGAUGAGUUUAUUCUCUCCUGUCAAGAGGAUGCAAACAUCAUGAGAUCGUUGCAGCUCUUUGAGAACGUCAUAUAGCCGCAGGAAGAAAAGAUGAAGAAAUGUGACUGAGUGAGUGGAGAAAUGAAGGGAAUGAAACAUGAACUUUAAAGCUGAUCUGUGUCCUAACAAAAAAGAAAAACAGGAGGAAAACUUUGGUCCCUAUCCCUUUGGUGUGACUGUUUGGUUUGACCUCUCUUUUGGUUUCUGAAGCAAUAUGCCAACCGUUAGCUUAACAUGCUGGAAAUCAAGUUUGUCUGUGAUCUUACCUGAACGUAUCUGACCUGGUUCUGUUACAGAAAAAUCUUGUCUAUACAGGAAAAGCAUGCCAGUUACAUGUAGCGGAUAGAUCUGAAGGAGUCAUGGUGGGUUAUUUUAUGCCCAGUGUGUUUCAUAAGUCAAAUGAAAGUUUAUUUAAAGAGCACCUUUUUAAAACAGCAGGUGUUCACCAAAGUGCUGUACAUACAUUAUAAAAUAAACAGUAGAACUAAAAAGCAUAAAAAAAUUAUAAAAACAAUAAAAAUGCAAUAAAUACAAUUAGUACUCUCAUACUGCAUUAUAUGCGGUACUAUACAAAUAUGUUUUUUAAUGUGAUUUAAAAGGUAGCCUACUCUUGAGUUACUGUGAUAAAUCCUAAAAUAUCAUAAUAUUUAAUGUGUCCAAGCAUUUACAUGUGUUUUAUGGGAGAUUUAUGAAAAAUGUUGUGCUGAACAAAAACCGAUUUGUGCGACAUACAUGCUAAACGCUAUUUUCAAACUGCACUGAAAUAGUAGCCCAAAUUUUCUUUAACUAUUUUCAGUGGCCGCUUUAUAGAUAGAAAUGUUUUGAUGUAGGUUUAUUGGUUUAUAUGAACCAACCAAUCAGCAGUCCUUCGACUGGAUUUGCACAUCAUUUAGUUUUAUGCAGGCUAAAGUGUUCGUCUCUAUUGACGAUGUGUUUGGUUUUUUACAGUAUUAUCCGUUGUAUUAUAAUAUUGUGUUUGUGCUGUCCUGUCGAUAGGAUCAGCGCCUGCUGUUGAUCGGAUGUUUGUCUUUGUCCAUUAUUGUGAGUUUGUCGGUUGUCACUUGUUGGCUUGUGACUGAUUUUAGCUCCACCUACUCCAAUCUCUGCUUCCUGAUUGGUCUGUUUGUCUGUCAGUAUCAGAGGGGGAAUAUUUUUCAUGGGUGAAUCUCACAUAAACAUGUCAUGGUCAGCAGUUUUAAUAGAUACUGAAGUGU